AUGCACAUAGGCACGGACGCGAGGGACAAGGUAAAGAAAGCGUACAACCAAUCUAUUCAGGAUUCCAGCCUAUCCCGUAUCCCCUAUGCGUCGCGCGCGCGAUCCCUCUUCCUGACGUACAUUGUUGUCUUCCUUAUCCAGCAUCGCCGUGGACCGUGGAUGGUGUCGACGCCAACGUCGUCAGCCACACACGCGAGUCGUUCGCAUGCUACUCAACAAACCAUCAACCUGCGCGCUUCGUCAACGACACUGGGUUGA